AUGGCGGUGGUGGUGAUGGCAACGAUGGUGGCGAUGGUGGUUUGUGGGGGACGUAGUGGUGGAGGAGGUGGCGGUGGUGGAGGCGGUGGCGGUAGCGAUGGCUGUGGCAAUUAUGGGGAUGAUGUUGGCAGUGGCUGUGGUGGUGGAGACGGUGGGCCUGAUAGUGGGGGUGGUGGAGGUGGGGGUAAGGGUGGUGGCGAGGUGAUGGAGGUGGCAGUGACGGUACUAGUACUGGCGGGUGGUGGUGGAGGUGGUAGUGUUAGUGGCGGUAGCAGCGGUGGCGAUUAUGGUGAUAGUAGAAGAGGUGAAAUCAUAUCUUGA